GUCAAGGUCCAUGCGGGGGUUGCGACAUUGCAUUGCCCUCCAGCAGGACAGUCUGUGAGGCUGUCGGAGAAGCUGCACCUGCAGGUGGACCGAGCCUGGUGCAGGAUGAGGCUCUGGCUGCUGGCGGGUUUAGCGGCUGCGCUCACCCUUGUGGCGGUGGCCGGGACCGACCUGGGGGACUCAACGGAGGUGGAAGAUGCGGUAGGAGAGAAAGAGGAUCGGCUGAGAGUCAGGAGGGAGGACAAAAGACCCAGGUCACCCCCUUCCCAACCCUGUCCUGGCUGCUAUUCUCCUCUGAGCAAGCCUGGUGAACCAGCGAGAGCCAGGAGACAAGUGGAGAAACAGCAGCAACCCAGACGCAGACCCAGGCCUAAACCUACUUGGAGACCAGGCGUCCUGAUUCCUCUAAGCGAUGAAACGGUUUGGCUGCAAACCAGGAGGGAGGACAAAAAACCCAGUUCACCACCUUCCCAAGCCUGUCCUGGCUGCUAUUCUCCUCUGAGCAAGCCUGGUGAACCAGCGAGAGCCAGGAGACAAGUGGAGAAACAGCAGCAACCCAGACGCAGACCCAGGCCUAAACCUACCUGGAGACCAGGCGUCCUGAGUCUUCUAAGACCUGCCAAGGUGGAGGUCCAGGAUUCAGAAGUGAGAACCAGGAGGGAAGUUGAGAGAUAUCCGCAGCAGCGACCUAGACCCAGAUCGAAUUCUCCAGGGCACUCACUUUACAACUUUGGCUAUAUGACUCCUUUUUCUUCCUCUUCCAACAUGAGCCUCCAGGAGGAAGAUGUGCUCCGUCCAUGCUGCUCACUGGCAGCAGAGCCUGAUGCAGUGCAAAUGAAGCCCAGUACCAGCUCUCUCCUUGCCGAGGGGCCUGCACCACAAGGGCGAGGCAGGAGGGCGGCUGAAGGAACUGAGCCACGCACACUAAAACCCAAGCGACCCAGGCUGCCCUGCUCGGGCUGCUACAGCCCUUUAGUGUCCCCCAAGGACAACCACCAGCAAGAGAGAGUUAAGAGGGAAGGCCAGAAACCACAGCAAGACAGACCCACAAGGAAGCCCACUUGGAGACCCGGCUCUGGGUCCAUCCUAGGCUUGAGUCCCCAUGAGGAAGUCAAAAACAAGCUCCCCGCCCCCAAGCUCCCCUGUCCCGGCUGCCAUGGAUCUGUAGCCACCGGCCAGGAGGGGCGCUCUGCUGAGGGGAUCCUGAGCCCCAGGACCAGGAGAGAAGACGAAAGGCCCACGGUGGCGAAGCGCAAAGCCAAGCAGAGAGCAAGAGACGGACUGUACUGUGCUGGCUGCUAUUCCGGCCUCACGCUGCGGAGCCAGACGCCCCCCUUGAGAGAGGGGGCGGAUGGAGGAUCAAGCAGAGAUUAGCUACUGCACCCACCUGAGGCGGAGUCCUUCCAGGCCUCACCUCCCUUGUGUAGCUAGGCAGCAGCCCAGGCUGGAGCCUGGUAGCCACCCCUCCCCUCCAUGCCCCUGAGAUCAGUCACAUGGAAUCUGGAUCCCAACCCCCCCUUCCCCCUCCAGCCAGUACAAACACCCCCUGCUUCUCCUGCUGCAGGGCUGGGAUGCAUCCGAGGCCCCUUUCUCUGCAUCCUGCAAACCAACAACCCCACCCGCCCCUGCCUCGUUCCCUGUAACAGCACAGACAAAGGGAGCGUGGCUGCCAGGGGCCCAGAACGGCCUGUCCCAUGGUGCCCUCUGGCCUCCCAAGCCGCUGUGCAGAGGCAGAUAGAUAGAAAUGAAAUGAAAGCUCCGUAGAAAGGGCUGAACUCCCAAGGGUGUACGUGGGUCCAGCUCUGCUGCGCUGAGCGGAACUGCGCCCGUUUAUACGUGCGGGGAACGUGAGCUAAGAGUGCAAAUAAACACAAAUACACUCGCUCUGUGUGACCUGCUCCUGUUGGCAGGGCUGGGCCUUGAGCCAGGGCCGCCGCACGACUCUGCCCAGGGGUUCGCCGGCUCCUUUUCUUCAGCUCAUUUACUCCUGCUGUUGUCUGCUGAGGAGAGUGGGCCAGAGAGCUCCGUGGUGCAUGAGCCAAUGGGGGAGGGGUCACAUAGCCGCUUUAAUUUACAGAUACAUGCUGUGGAGACCACAGCCCCCAGCAUGCAAUGCUCCUCCUCGAGCUGCAUGGCCUAGCUGAGCAUCCUCACACUCAGCACCACCGUUCUGGUGGCCCCACAGCCCCAUACACGGUGGGAGAUUUGGUCUCAGCUCGUGGUGCCGUAUCACAGACCCACCAUGACAGCUGGCUCUAGGGCCUGGCUGUGCCAUGGGGACCCUCUGCUCUGACGGUGGCUCUGUAGCCUGGGCUGAGGCAUGCUGUUAUCUGGUGCAGAGGGGGGUGAUUUGCAGUGUCGCUGCCUGUGCAGCACCUAUUCUUUGCAUAAAGAGAGGAAUUUAAUUAGCUCUUUAAUGAGCUGAAAAUCUGAAAGGCCUCCUGUGAAAAGUGGAAACAUGGACAAAUUGCAAAGGAGGCGCACAAAAGAACAGUGCAAGCACAUAGGGACAGAAUGAGAAAAGCAAAGGCACAAAAUGCGAGUUACACUAGCAGGGGAGAUGAAAGGAACUCGAAGUGGUUCUAUAAGUACAUUCCAGCAAGAGAAAGAGAAAGGAAAGUUUAGACGCACUGCUUAGUGGGGAGUGAGAGCUGGUAAUGGAUGAUACCAAGAAGACUGAGGUGUUUAAUGCCUCUUUUGUUUCUGUUGUCACUAAAAAGGUAAAUUGUAGCCAGAUACUUAACACAAUUAAUAUUAACAAGGGGGAAGGAAUGAAAACCAAAACAGGGAAAGCACAAGUGAAAGACUAUUUAGAUAAAUUGGAUGUAUUCAAGUCAGCAGGGCCUGAUGAAAUUUACCCCAGGUUAUUUCAGAAACUAGCUGAAGCCGUCUUGGAAGCAUUAGCGAUUAUCUUUGACAACUCAUGGAGGAUGGGUGAGAGCCCAGAGAACUGGAGAACAAACAUGGUAUCUCUCAUUAAAAAGGGAACAAAUUGGCCCCGGGGGAUUAUAGACCAGGCAGCCUAAAACUUCAAUAUCUGGAAAGAUACUGGAACAAAUGAUUAACCAAUCAGCUUGUGAGCACCUGGAGGAUAACAAGGUUACAGGGAAUAGCCAGCAGGGGUUUGUCAAGAACAAAUCACGCCUGACCAACCGAAUUUCCUUCGGUGACAGUUUACUGGCCGAGCGGCUGCGGGGAAGCAGUAGAUGUGGAGGUCUUGGUUUCAGAAAGAGGUUCUCACCU